AUGCUAUCGCGAUGCGCAAAUCAUCUAACGAAAGCUUUGAAUAAUUCAAUUCUCACAGUUCGAGGCGUUUCUUCAACUUUCUACCAAGAUGCCUUCAAUCUUGCCGAACAGCUCACGGAGGAUGAGCGCUCAUUGAUGCUUUCAGCACGCGAAUAUUGCCAAGAGCGCCUUCUUCCACGAGUAACCGAAGCUUACAGAAGUGAAAAAUUUGAUCCAACUCUGAUACCGGAAAUGGGAAGCAUGGGACUUCUCGGAGCCCCUUAUCAAGGUUAUGGAUGUGCUGGAACGUCGACUGUUGGAUAUGGAUUGAUUGCACGAGAAGUUGAGCGCGUCGACUCGGGAUAUCGCUCAACGAUGAGUGUGCAAACUAGUUUGGUAAUUGGACCAAUUUACAAUUAUGGAACUGAAGCACAAAAACAAAAAUAUAUUCCUGAUUUGGCGAGCGGAAAGAAAAUUGGAUGCUUUGGACUCACCGAGCCAAAUCAUGGUUCGAAUCCAGGUGGAAUGGAAACGAAAGCAGCAUGGGAUGAGUCGGCGAAAAUGUACAAAUUGAAUGGAACGAAAACAUGGAUUAGUAACAGUCCAGUUGCCGAUGUGAUGAUUGUUUGGGCGAGAAGCUCGAAACACAACAAUAAGAUUAAGGGAUUCAUUCUUGAAAAGGGAAUGAACGGUUUGACGACACCAAAAAUUGAAGGAAAAUUAUCACUGAGAGCUUCGAUUACUGGACAAAUUGCUAUGGAUGAUGUGAUGGUUCCGGAGGAGAAUCUUCUGCCAAACACUGAAGGACUUGCGGGACCAUUCGGAUGUCUGAAUAACGCCCGCCUUGGAAUCGCCUGGGGAGCUCUCGGAGCCGCAGAGGAAUGUUUCCAUUUGGCUAGAAAGUACACAUUGGAAAGGAAUCAAUUCGGCCGUCCACUGGCUCAAAAUCAAUUGAUGCAAUUGAAAAUGGCUGAUAUGCUCACUGAGAUCACACUUGGACUUCAAGGAUGCCUUCGUGUCACUAGACUGAAGGAUGAGGGUAAAGUUGUUCCUGAACAAAUCUCGAUAAUCAAGAGAAAUUCAUGUGGAAAGGCUUUGGAAAUUGCGAGAAAAGCUCGUGAUAUGCUCGGUGGAAACGGAAUUGUUGAUGAAUUCCAUAUUAUGCGUCACAUGAUUAAUUUGGAAACUGUGAACACAUACGAAGGAACUCAUGACGUUCAUGCUUUGAUUCUUGGACGCGCGAUUACAGGACUGAACGGAUUCUUCUAA